AUGUCAAUAUGCCUUGGUCUCGCCGUCGCCAGCGCUCUGAAAAACAAUGCCCGCGAGCUUAGAUGGUGGCUCCUUAGCCUUGGUGAAUCACGGCUACUAGAAACAGACUUGAUCCUGCAAAGCGAAAGCCUUGUUCAAUUAGUGCGUCUGCUUUGGGUGACGCGCCGCAUCAGGAUCCGGCUGUUCGUGAUUGUAUGGCUGGCUUUGAAUCUGAUCUCUCAAACGGCCGUGGCUUUGAUAGGUCUUACCUACAACAUCGACGACACUCCCAAGGUUCUAGUCACUAGGCCCGGGAUGGUCUGGAUUCCUGACAUGUCGGAGUUCACUUUUGGUAACAAGAGAGGUAAACCCAAACCGCUAGACAUCAUUGCCCAACGAUAUACAGCGAAUAGGUUUGGUUCAGCGGUGUCGUUUAAGGAGCGCGUUAUUACGGAACCCAGUACUAAACCCCUCGAAGAGGUCCUGCCGUCCGUCGGGGCCAUGAUUAAGUCUCGAGAUUUUACCAUUUAUUGCGUCAAAGAUAGCGGUAUCUGUCGGUACGUAUUCCGCGAGGAAUCUGUACCUGAUUCCGACCUCGACGCAAUGAUAGCCACCCGCCGACAUGUAGCCGUGUCCACAACAUGUCGAGGCUGGCAAGUUCUCAGCGGCGGCGACGGUCUUCAGAGUCGCAUUACGAUCGAUGACGGAAACAAGAGUACAUUUGGGCCUCUCCCUGUGCUCAAUGGCCCCGACCAAACACUCUUCAUGUUUGAUCCCGAGGACCCUACCGCCUCUGGAGAUACCUGGGCUAAGAUAUCGGUACUCGAGGCUUCAAAUGAUGAACCCUGGUUCUAUGUCUGCAAUAACACAAUCGGCCCGGUUGUCAAUGCCGUGCUUCCGGAGCAUGAAAUGAGCCCCAUCGCUACGCAGUUAGCAUCUCAGGCCAUAGCUCUCCGGGGCUACGGCUCAUCAGUAACGGCAGACAACAGCACUCGACUACAAUUCCAGAGCUACCCACUUGGCACAACAUUUGGCGUUUCCAUACUUGGUGAAGAGACGGAAUUGGGUCAGAGGAUUGCCAUGUUUUCUGUUGGCGCCAUUGGUGGCAUUGCCAUCAAAAGCUCAAAGGCCACAGUGCUCGGCGACGUACCAGUCAAGAGCAUUCGGAUUGAAAUAUUGGGGUGGGGAAACCUAUAUGCCGUUUUGGCAUUCACAAUAGGCUUCCAGGCACUUAUUGCAGUGUCAUCUGCCCUGGUCGUUAGGCGCGUUCGCAACGGAUGCCGCGGCCAUGUCGCCAUGACUGUGCUCCUGAGACCAGCUCUGACGGAUUUCGACAUGGAAUUCGGUACCGCGGAUGGAGGCCGAAUUGGCAGUCAAACUGGCGGCAAUAUGAGGCUAUCUUACGCACCCGAUGAUAGCGGCGUAUACAAAGUAGUACGGACGGCAUAG